CAUGAAACGUGUGAACAGGUUUUGUUUAAUUUCUUUUGAGUUAAGUUUUUAACAUAAAAAGUGAUAAAUAAUCAUUUAUUUAUUUUAUUAUGAAGUAUUAACUGUGUGUUAAAACCUGAUUCUUACAUACAUAAAAUUAGUUUUUUUAUCAAAUUAUGGCACGAAUGACUAAGAAAAAAGUAAACCCAACCUCUAAGUGUCAUACAAAAAAAAGACGCAAAAGAAUUCGUCGAAAUACAAGAAAAGCUUACUCAGAGACUGCUAUCAAAGAAGCUCUUGCAGCCAUCAGGGCAGGUGAUACAUUGAGAAAAGCGUCGAAGGCUCAUAAUGUUCCUGUAACAACUUUAUUUAGAAGAUCUAAGGAUCCCAAUUCUGUUGCAAAAAAAAGUGGCCCACCGACAGUUUUGUCAGCUGAAGUAGAGCAACGUAUAGUGGAUUGGAUUAUUUAUAGAGGAAAAAGAGGCCAUCCUGUAGGAAAAUCAAAUAUUAUAGAAGGUGUCGAGUUGUAUAUUAAAGAAGCAGGCAUCGAUUGUAAGUCUUUUGUUAAUGGUAAACCUGGUCGUCAUUCGUAUGAAGCUUUCAUGAGACGUCAUCCUGAAUUAUCGAAACGUACACCACAGCAUUUAACUAAAGCUAGAUAUGAAGUUGAUGAAGAAGAUUUAAGACAGUGGUUCCAUGAAGUAAAAACUCACUUAGAAAGUAAAAAUUUAUUAAACAUACACCCAUCCAGGAUUUUUAAUUGUGAUGAAACCAAUUUAGCGCUAUGUCCAAAGUCUAAGUAUGUUAUAACUGCUAAAGGAGCCAAAAACAGUAUAUAA